AUGCUGAAACAGGAUCGAGUGUUAAAGAAAACAACGGACGAUCAAGAUGAAAUAAAUGCGGCGCCAAGAGAGGACUCCGCGGAGGAAGCGGCUGCGCGACCAGAAAGAACUCCUCGUCGCCGGUCCAAAAAUCGAGGCAGUACCUCUAGCACCUCUUCAUUCCUGCGCGGAGGUGGACAACGCAGGAAAGAACCCACGAAAAAGUCGAAGGAUAGUGUUGACAGCACAAACAGCGAUGCGGAAACAGAAAAGCUACCAAAGAAGCGCAAAAAGAAAAGUAGUUUUCUCGCCGGUUCAACAUCUUCACAAGAGGAAGAAGACUUGCACGAAAACCAUGGCUAUGCAUUUCAAAUAUGUCUGGGUCUGGAAACUUGUGAUGCUAAUUUAUGA